UUCCUCCGCCGCCUCUGAAUUCUUCAAACCCGGCACCUUAGUCGAAAUCAGCUCCGACGACGACGGUUUCCGCGGCUCAUGGUUCACCGGCAAGAUCGUCCGCCGUCUCGCCAACAACAAGUUCAUGGUGGAGUACGACAACUUGAUGGAAGAUGAAGCAGGUACAAAGCAUCUCAAAGAAUCACUCAAGCUUCACCAGCUCCGACCAGUUCUUCCGACGGAGGCUAACCGGGUGUUCAAAUUCGGCGAUGAAGUUGAUGCCUAUCACAAAUGGAUGGUGGGAGGGUCACAUUACUGAGGAAUUGGAGGAUGGAAGGUUCGCGGUGUAUUUCAGAGUUUCGAAGGAGCAGAUCGUGUUCAACAAGGAGGAGCUCAGACUUCACCGUGAAUGGAUGCAUGAAAAAUGGGUCCCACCUUUUCAACAACAGGAUGAUAGUGACAUCAAGAAAAAGGUGACGGUGAAGGUUGAUGAAACUGUGACGGAAGAGAAUGUGGAUUUUGAGGUUAAGCCAGGGACAUUGGUUGAGGUUUGCAGUGAUGAAGAGGGUUUUAAAGGAGCUUGGUUUUCUGCCACACUUGUUGAGGUGAAGGGAGAAGGUAAGUUAGUUGUCGAGUACGAUAGCCUGCUGGAUGAGGAUUCAAGUCUCCUGAGAGAGGAUGUUGAUAUCCUGCAAAUGAGGCCUCGUCCACCAAAAACUGCUGAAGUUGCUCAGUUUGAAGUUCUUGAUGAAGUUGAUGCUUAUUAUAACGAUGGGUGGUGGGUUGGUGUUGUUUCGAAAGUUCUUGGGGACUCCAAGUAUAUUGUUUUUUUCAGGAACUCCAAUGAGGAAAUUGAGUUUCAAGAUUCCCAGUUGAGGCUGCAUCAGGACUGGAUGAAUGGCAAAUGGGUCAUGGUUUCGAAGGCGUUGGUGUUGAGGUUUUGAAUGCUGAAAGCAGCAAGAGAUUGAAGAAAAACCAGUCCCCCUGGAAUCAUGAAAAUAAAAUUCUGUUUGUAUCAUCGGUCAAAUUAUCAAUAGUCUGUCUAAAAGAAAUUACCAGACCAUUGUCAAGAAUCUGUCUAAAAGAAAUCACUAGACCAUUGUCCUUCUUUUACUCCCAUUUAAUGGAUCAGAGUAAUAGCUCAACAUAUCUCAGUUAUAGUCUACAACAGUCAGGGUAUAGUAUAAGUAGGGAAGUGUUGGUAGACUGAUGAUUGAUAUUUACUUAUUAAUCGUUAGAUUGAUAUUUACUUCUUCUUCUGGGUUUAAACCUAUGAAGUAGGAACUCUAA